AAUUUGCAUCUGGGGAUGGCAUCUUCAUCAAUAAAGAGCCCGUUAUGCACUUGGUUGGUGGCGCCUUGUGUGUCCGGGAAAGACCAAUCACGGUCUCCAUUGUUCGACUUGUCAGGUUCGGUUUCUUCUAGUAAUAAACUCGGCCGUGGGGCUCGUAACAGAAGGAAGGCUCUUCUUUCUAAAUGCUGCGGCGGCUCAGUCACUAACAAAGACGUGGGUUUGAUUUCUUCGUUUAUUGGAUCCACCAUUCAAGGCUUGAUGAUUUCUUGCUUGGUUUUCGAGCCUUGUAAUGAGUACUAUUCCUCCAAAAAUGGUGGCUUCUUCGGUCAAAAUAGAAGCUUUUCCUCCAGAAACGUUCCCUUCAAUAACAGUCGCAAGCCAAGAAGGAUCAAUCGAGGAGCUGCUCAUUCUGGAGAAGCCAUGGCUAUAGCUGUGCAACUCACAAGAGAAAUUACAACUAAGAAGAAGCCUCCUGAAAAGCAAAGGCGAGUCGUUGUGACCGGGAUGGGAGUGGUAACUCCACUUGGACACGAGCCUGAUAUCUUUUAUAACAAUUUGCUAGAGGGAGUCAGUGGUAUAAGUGAAAUUGAAAACUUUGACUGUGCCGAGUUUCCGACCAGAAUUGCUGGAGAGAUCAAAUCUUUCUCAACCGAUGGAUGGGUUGCACCAAAGCAUUCCAUGAGGAUGGACAAAUUCAUGCUUUACUCGCUCACUGCGGGAAAGAAAGCCUUGCAAGAUGGUGGGGUAACUGAAGAUCUAAUGGAGGAGUUAGAUAAAGCGAAAUGUGGAGUUUUGAUUGGUUCAGGAAUGGGUGGCGUCAAAGUUUUCAAUGAUGCAAUUGAAGCUUUGAGGAUCUCAUACAGGAAGAUGAAAUCUUUUUGCAUACCAUUUGCUACAACGAAUAUGGCUUCUGCAAUGCUUGCAAUCGAUUUGGGAUGGAUGGGUCCUAAUUAUUCUAUCUCCACGGCAUGUGCUACAAGCAACUUCUGUAUAUUUAAUGCGGCAAAUCACAUAAUCAGAGGUGAAGCUGAUAUGAUGCUUUGUGGUGGCUCGGAUGCAGCAAUUAUACCCAUAGGUUUGGGGGGAUUUGUGGCUUGUAGAGCGCUCUCUCGGAGGAACAAUGAUCCUACUAAAGCUUCACGCCCUUGGGAUGCUACUCGUGAUGGAUUUGUCAUGGGUGAAGGUGCUGGGGUUCUGCUUUUAGAAGAAUUGGAGCAUGCUAAGAGGAGAGGUGCGACUAUCUAUGCAGAAUUCCUUGGUGGAAGCUUCACUUGUGAUGCUUAUAACAUGACUGAGCCUCACCCUGAUGGUGUUGGCGUCAUUCUCUGCAUCGAAAAGGCUUUGGCUCAUGCUGGAGUAUCUAGAGGAGAUAUAAACUAUAUUAAUGCUCAUGCUACAUCAACACCAGCUGGAGACAUUAAAGAAUACCAAGCUCUUCUUCAUUGUUUUGGCAACAAUCCCGAGUUAAGGGUGAACUCUACAAAGUCGAUGAUUGGUCACCUACUGGGAGCUUCUGGCGCCGUAGAAGCUGUUGCAACAGUACAGGCAAUACGAACUGGUUGGGUUCAUCCAAAUAUCAACCUGGAAAACCCGGAUGAAGGAGUGGAAGCAAGUGUACUUGUAGGGGCUAAGAAAGAAAGAUUGAAUGUGAAGGCAGCAUUGUCGAAUUCUUUUGGGUUUGGUGGGCAUAACUCAUCGAUCAUUUUCUCCCCGUACGAGUGUAAUAGUUCAACCACUGCUCCUCCAGUGUUUUCAUAGAUUGGGCCGCACCAUUUUUUAUCAAUAGGUCAAUCUGAAG